CACUAAAAUUUUAACAAAACAGAGCCUUCAUAAACUCUGUUUCUCCUUAUCUCUCUCUCUCUCUUUCUCUCUCAUACACUGUCCCUCAUUUCACUCCUCGCGUCUGUCUUCUGUCUCGAUUUCUAGAGAGAGAAGAUCGAUUGAUAUAUAUAGAGAGAGAGUCAGGCGGCCGUGUUCGGACAUCAAUGGCGUUCGUAUCGUUCCUUGGGAGAGUCCUGUUUGCCUCUGUUUUCAUACUCUCUGCAUGGCAAGAGUUCAAUGAAUUUGGCGUUGAUGGUGGGCCAGCUGCGGAGUCCCUUACACCAAAGUUCAAUGUAUUCUCAAAACAUUUGUCAGUUCAAACUGGGCUGCAAGUGCCAGAUAUAGAAUCGUUUUAUUCACAGAUCAAAUUUCUAGUUGUUGCAGCCAUAGCUAUGAAGGGUCUUGGAAGCCUUCUUUUCAUUUUUGGCAGCUCUCUUGGAGCUUUUCUACUGCUUUUACACCAGGCAAUUGCUACUCCAAUUUUGUAUGACUUCUACAACUAUGAUGUUGACAAGAAAGAAUAUGCUCAACUUUUCGUCAAGUUUUCACAGAGCUUGUCAUUGUUGGGGGCAUUGCUCUUCUUUAUUGGCAUGAAAAACUCAAUGCCAAGGAGACUCAAGAAGAAGGCUCCCAAAACUAAGACGGGUUGAGAAAGAAUAUCAUGUGUUCACCUCAUGUUACAUCAUAUUAACAGUGCCAAUGUGUCUGGAAAUCACUAAGGACCGCAUUUUGGAUGCUUGUAGUGUUGAGGAGACAGUUUCUUGUUAUCUGUAUUCUUCUUUUUUGGGUUUAUUCUCACUUUUUAACAUUUAUGGUGUGAUGUUCUCAUUGAGAUUUAUGGAAAUUUUGAAUCGAGUUUUGGAAAUAUAUAAUUCAUGAGAAAAGGUCAAAUUCUGUCCUC